AUGCAGAAGACAAAUGUAAAGGUUCUGUGCACCACAAAAGGCCACCUGGGUCGUCUUCCACUAGUCAUAGGCAUGCCCAUAUUGGUGGCACAAAAUUUUGAUGUUCAAGAAGGAAUUGUGAAUGGAACUUAUGGGACAGUUAAGCACAUUCGGUACCGAACUGACAAAACCGGCAAGCGCAUGCUGAUUUCCUGUGUUGUAAAAGUGGAAGAUGCCAACGAAGAGUCGAUGCCUCACCUGAUGCCAAAUGAAGUCCCAGUAUUAAGGGAUUCAGUCAACUUCACUAUUAUGAAUAAACACAAAUCUGGUUAG